UUUCAAAUUUGAGUUGCUAUAGUAACGCGUGUUAUUAUAUGACUCGAUAUAUAAACACUGAAAGCGCUGAAAAUCUUGGUUGAGAGACGAGGCGAAUUCAGAGACUUGCAGAGACUUUUGUGCUGAAACUGAUUCUUCAAGAAGCCCUGAGGAUUCCUCAGAGGAGACUUUCUUUCCAGGACGACAUCGGAGGAUAUUUUCUUUGAAAAGAAUAUAUAAUUAUUUUAAUCGUUCAGAUUACUUGUUAAGACGCUUAUUUUAUUGCUCUUUUUUGUCAUUUCUGUUUUAGUUUGUGCCUUUUUUCUACUUGUUUGUUUAACAUUUAAGUUGUCUUUUAUUGAUUUGUCAUUAUAUUUUCUCUUGUUUGUAUUUUCUCUUGUGGUGGAGUUUUGCAGGACGGUCUUCAUGGCGCAAAUGGCUGAAAGAGGAAGCCGCUCCAGAUCCAGGAGUGCAGCUUUCACCCAGACAGCAGUUCAGGACACAGAGACACGGGACGCUUCUGGUGGGCUUCCUGGUUAUUUGGCUCCUCUGUCCUCCCUGUUGGCCGAUUCAGUGUCCACAGAUCAGAGGAAGAGGAAGCAGCAAACGGCGUCCACCUCGUCUAGGAGACCUGCCAAACGCUCUCGCAGAGACCAAUAUGCCAAGGGCCCGUUGCUGGGACGAGGCGGAUUCGGCUCUGUGUUUGCUGGGAUCCGCAGGUCUGAUGGACUGCCAGUGGCCAUCAAGUACGUGUCUAAAGAGCCGACGGACACCAGACUGAAAGUUGACGGUCAGGGUCGUCUGCCACUGGAGGUGGCGUUGAUGACCCGCGUCUCUUCAGCUCCUGUCUGCCCCAGUGUCCUGCAGCUGCUGGACUGGUUUGACCAUCGCAGACGCUACGUCCUGAUCCUGGAGCGUCCGGCUCCUUGCCAAGAUCUCCAGAGUUUCUGUGAGGAGAACGGCUGUCUGGACGAGCCUCUGGCCAAGAAAGUGCUGGUGCAGCUGAUCGCGGCGCUGAAACACUGCGAGAGCCGCCGCGUCCUGCACCGAGACGUCAAGCCAGAGAACCUGCUGAUCUCCACAGACUCACACGACAUCAAGCUGCUGGACUUCGGCUGUGGAGAUCUGAUGAAGGACUCGGCCUACAGAUACUUUGCAGGCACUCCAGCUUUUGCUCCUCCUGAGUGGUUUCGGCAUCAUCGCUAUCAUGCCUCUCCACUGACAGUCUGGUCCAUCGGCGUGACUCUCUACAACAUCCUGUGCGACUGUUUCCCAUUCAGAGGCGCACAGAGGGUCACGUCCAAAAGCAGACUGCACUUCCCGAGGAAGCUGUCGACAGGUUCUCCAGUCUCGAUGAAACACCCCACAAUGGCAGCACAGAUUGAGGGACACUGUUUCCUGCAUGAUACACCUUGCUGAGUCUUCAUUGAUGGAGCCUCAGUGAGACACCUUAAAGUCAAAUAAGUCUUGUCAAGGUGAGAGACGUUCCAGGAUUAUGAUGUACAGGUCAGGCUGUAGUAGUAUCUGGAUCUCUGGGCAGGAUUAAGACAAACUGCUAAUAGAAUGGGACCAGGCUAGAAGAAAGAUCAGUGUUGAACCGAGGUGCUUUCGCAAUAAAACUUCAGUUUAUUUGCCUGUUUAAAACACAAUCAACAAUCAAACAUGUUACAAUUAUGUUCCCAAUGUGUCAAGUGCAAUUUAUAUACAUUAUAAAUAUAUAUUGAUACUGUAGCGAAAUUAUAAUUCCUCAAAGCCAUCCUUGCCAAAAGUUUGCUCCAUAGAUGCAGCCAUAUGAUCCCUCACCAAAAAAUGCAUCUGAAGGAUUAACAACAGCAGUUGACAUGAGAUGUGUGUAAUGGCAGUGUGUUUAAUGUUGAGGUUAUGGCUGUAAACUCACCAUAACAGACUGUACUUCAAGACUUCUAGUUUCCUAAAGACCAUGAACAUCUUCUAGAGCAUGGGUUUUCAAACUGUGGGUCGCGACCCACUAGUGGGUCGCACAGUGAACAAAGGUGGGUUGCGCAACGUCACACAGCU